AUGGCUGAAAAUCGGCAAAUAAGUGGAAACCUUCGAACUGCGCUUUGUAAUAUUGCUCAUGAAGCUAGGAACUUAUUGGACAAUUUCGACGAUCGAAAUAGUUUGGCGAUCGAGAGGCAGUUGAUGCAAUGGACACCAACAACAACGCAACCUGAACGAGAAGACGACAGAGAAAUAAGUGUGACGGCCGUAAGUACAAAUGCGAGUAAUACAACACAUCAUCAAUCGAGAAAUCGACCUGAUUUUUCGUCAAGUCUGUCACCUCCAAGCAUUUCAUCUGUAUUAAUAAACAGAUCUAGUAAUAAUCCAUCGUUUAGAUUAGAUUAG